CACCGGCUUGCGGGCCACGCUGUCAUGCGUUCGGGGGGCCGCGGGCGGCCCCGGCUCCGGCUUGGGGACCGGGGUCUCAUGGAGCCACCUUCACCCCGCAAGCGCCGCCUGCUCCCCCGCGUGCAGCCCUUGCCCCUGCUGCUGCUGGCGCUGGCGGUGGGCACCGCGUUGCUCAUUAUCUGGGGCGGCUGGCGCCGAUGGAACGAGGAGCUGGCGCGGGGCCGGGAGCACCGGGCCCCGCUGAUUGGAAGCCUCCCGGAAGCCAAGCUGCGGAUGGUGGUGGGGCAGCUGGACCCACAGCGACUCUGGGGGACGUUCCUGCGCCCCCUGCUGAUUGUGCGCACCCCGGGUAGCCCAGGCAAUCUCCAAGUGAGGAAGUUCCUGGAGGCCACGCUGCGGGCCCUGACAGCAGGUUGGCAUGUGGAGCUGGAUCCCUUUACGGCCUCGACACCCCUGGGGCCAUUAGACUUUGGAAACGUGGUGGCCACCCUGGACCCAGGAGCUGCCCGUCACCUCACCCUGGCCUGCCAUUAUGACUCGAAGCUCUUCCCUCCCGGGUCUGCCGCCUUUGUGGGGGCCACAGAUUCCGCUGUGCCCUGUGCCCUGCUACUGGAGCUGGCCCAGGCCCUAGAUCUGAUGCUGAGCAAGGCCAAGCAGCAGGCAGCUCCAGUAACCCUGCAGUUCCUCUUCUUGGAUGGGGAAGAGGCGCUGAAAGAGUGGGGACCCAGGGAUUCCCUUUAUGGGUCCCGGCACCUGGCCCAGCUCAUGGAGUCCAUGCCCCACAGCCCCGGCCCCACGAGGAUCCAAGCUAUCGAGCUCUUUGUGCUUCUUGAUCUCCUGGGAGCCCCAAACCCCACCUUCUACAGCCAUUUCCCCCGAACCAUCCGCUGGUUCCAGCGACUAAGGAGCAUUGAGAAACGCCUGCACCGGCUGAACCUCCUGCAGUCUCACCCCCAAGAGGUGAUGUAUUUCCAACCUGGGGAGCCCCCUGGCUCUGUGGAAGAUGACCACAUCCCCUUCCUCCGCAGAGGGGUCCCGGUGGUCCACCUCAUCGCCACGCCCUUUCCUACUGUCUGGCAUACUCCUGCAGACACCGAGGCCAAUCUCCAUCCACCCACCGUGCACAAUCUCAGCCGCAUCCUGGCUGUGUUCCUGGCUGAGUAUCUGGGGCUCUAGGCUGGAGGGGACAGUACCAGAGGAGACCUUCCUCCAGAAGCACCCCCCAGUGGACAAGUCCAGAUCUACCUCAGGAGUGGCUUCAUCCUCACCUAUCCCGUCAGCUCCUACUUGGGUCAAGGCCACUUCAAGGACACAAGAGGGACCACAGAAUGGAUACUGAAGCGGGUGGUGAGAUGAAGACUACGAGUUUGGCCCCUGCUCUUGGGUCCACAGCUAUACUGGAGGUUUCCAUGGACCAGAUGCUGAGCUUUUAGCCAGCAAGGGCUGGUUUGGCUUCUUGUGGUUGAGCUAGCAACCAACCCACCCAAAUGAAUUCUUUCAGCUUAUGCUGUCCUCUCUGCCCAAUCUAUACAAUGACAGUUUUGCUACUGCAGAAUCAGGAACAGAAAUGAAAGGCCAGCUUCUAGAAGACAGGUUUUCUCUGAUCCAGUACGCCACUGCUUGAAUGAGGGAUCAAAGAUCAAAGUUCUAGUGCAAGACGUUAAAUGCAUCCUGGUGACACAAGGCAAAUUUCCAGUCAGGCAAGAGACUGUAGUAGUUCCCAAUGCACUUCAAUAGGGAACCCUUUGAACUGGGAAGCACAAUCACAGAACAAGGGUACCUGAGAGGAUACUUUGAGGAAGCUCCAUGUUCAGCAAGUUUAGUCAGAAUACAUCAGAUGAAGCUCCAUUUCUUCCUUCAUCAAACCAUCCUUUUUUUUUUUUUUUUUGUGAGGAAGUGGGAGUGGAACUCAGUCUGGCAAGUGCUGUAUCACAGGUUCUUUUAAUUUUGUUUUUUAAGACAGGGUCUAGCUGCUAGGUUUGCGUGGAUCUGACCAUCCUGCCUCUUGUCUCUCAAGGAGCUGGGAUUAAGGCUUGCACAACCACGCUUGGACUCCUAAGUCCCAACUGCAGACCUACUGAAGCAGGACUUCAGGGAGGGGCUGAAUACAUGAGA